GUUGUUUGAAGUUGACCUGGGAUUCAUUUCCGCCAAGUUGCCAGUGUUUUUAACUGACCAAAAAUUGUUGAUUAAAUGAAGCUGGGUUUUAGUUAGCGAUGAUGAAGUGCCUCAAAGUUGAGGAUGCGUUAUCUUAUCUAGACCAGGUCAAAGCGAGAUUCUCUGGUCAGGGGGCAAUCUAUAUGGACUUUCUUGAUGUCAUGCGUGAUUUCAAGGCUCAAACAAUUGGUACGGAAGUUGUCAUUCGACGGGUGCGUGAGCUGUUUGAAGGUCAUCCUGACUUGAUCACUGGAUUCAACACUUUCAUACCUCAAGGGUAUCGUAUGGAUGCUCCUCCUACAUCGCAUCAGUCUUUUAACAGCAAACCUACAUGCACCGUUAUCCCAUCAAGGACUACAUUAUCAAUAUCCUCAUCCGAUAAUGUAACUCCGGUAAAAGGAGUUUGCACUUCGCUAAAAGUUAGUGAAGCAGUGAGUGAAUGGUCACCACCAGGAAGUUUAACUGGUGUAGCCAGCAGUCAGUUCGACGUUUCCAGUCGCCCAAAUGUUCAUGUAUCUGUUGUCUCUAACUGCUUGCCACUGUCAGUUUCAUCUCCACCUAUACGUGCUUUAACUCCUAAUAUUCAGCCUGAUAAUCUUAGUUAUAACUCGUCAACUCAACAACAGUUUUUGUCGACAGACUAUCAAGAGAACUUUUCCAAUGUCAUUGUUAGAAACUCACACAAUACUACAAGUUUACCACAAUCUCCUCACGUUUAUCAGCAGAACCACCAGUCAUUCCAUCAUGCUCUCCAGUAUGUGAAUAAAAUAAAGGUAAGUGAUAUUUACUUCAUACGAAUGGCGUUGGUUCAGAACCGGUUCCAAGGCAUACCUGAUGUCUACAAACGAUUCCUCGAUAUAUUGCAGUGGUACCAAAAAGAACAAAGACACUCAGAUCCUAUGUGUCGUAAACAGGCCGAAUUACAGGUUUACCAGGAUGUUGCCAAGCUGUUUGAUGGCCAAGAGGAUCUACUUCAGGAAUUCAGCCAGUUCUUACCUGAAUCCUUUGGCGUUACGAGUGCUGUGACUGAAACGACGAUAAAUAGGAAGAACUCUGGCUAUUCACAACUCAGUGGGUCAGAUUUACUAGAUCCGUCUGUUCCAGUGCCUCAGUUAAUAAACCGUGUUUCAGAAGGCAUCAACCUAGCGCUGUCUUCUAGACAGCGACCAGGUCAAGAAGCUGUUCCUGCAAGUGUGGAUUCCAAAAAACUAAAGCGACUUGCUCCUGCACCAAAUGCUUUUCAGAACAGUGCCUCAACAAUUAUUCCACCCAAGAAAUCUCGUUCUUCAGUACGAGAUGUAAGCAUUGUUGAUACAAAUCAACUGACCACAGGGAUUGGCGUGUCACUUUUGCAAAAGAUUCGAGAUGCUUUGGAUGCUGACAGUCCAGUAGGGAAUCGUUCCUACCAAACCUUCCUACAAAACGUUUGUUUAUUCAACCGUCGGAUAAUAUCAGCUGAUGAAUUGUUAGAAACGACACAUCCUCUAUUUAUAAGACAUGUAGACGUGUGGAGACGCUUCAGUGAUUUCAUCAUGUCAUCACGAAAUUCAUCCCAAGAAGGAUUUGGACAACUUCAGUCUCAUUCUCCUGCUUACUCCCGAGACAGACAUGAUCGUGACAAACAUGGUACCUGUAAUUUCCCAUGUGAUUCUCAUACAUGUUCUGAUUCUCUAUCAAACAACAUAAACAAUCAACCGCCUACAUCAUUAGUCUCACUUGUAAGUGAAGUGUCUCAAAAAAGAUUGGAUUUGGAUUUCACUAAGCUCCGAAGUUGUGGUGUAAGCUAUCGAGCAUUACCAUCGAAUUUCCCGCAGAGCAAAUGUUCCGGUCGGCAAAAAUGCCCAGUUGCGAAAGAAGUGUUAAAUGAUUCGUAUAUCAGCUUCUCUUCGCUUACCUCCGAAGAUUCUCAGUUUGUAUCAUCUAAAAAGAAUCAAUAUGAAGAAAAUAUGUAUCGUGUUGAAGAUGAACGUUAUGAAGUAGACAUGGUUACUGAACUCAAUAGAGCUGCAAUGCAAAAUCUAGUUGUUGUUAAAAAACGUAUGGAUAGAUUAAAUAAAGAACAACUUAGUCAAUUCCAUAUGGAUGAUAAAUUAGGUGGAACAUCGGCAAUUUUAAUGCGAAAAGCUAUACACAGAGUUUAUGGUGAUAAAGCAGGUGAUGUAAUAUAUGGCUUAAAAAAUUGUCCUAAUACAGUACUCCCAUUGGUUAUACAACGUAUGCGUCAAAAAGACACCGAAUGGCGAGAAGCUAUCCGUAAUUAUCAACGUUCUUGGGCAGAUCAAGAUGCACGUAAUUAUUUACGUUCUCUGGAUCAUCAGGGUGCAACAUUCAAACAACGUGAUGCACCUUUCAUACGUAGUAAAACUAUGAUUAGUCAGAUAGAAUCUAUCGCCCGAAAUGAUAAGCAUUCAUCGUGUCAUUCUAGUUCAGAUCCUGUCGGUAAAAUGAUCUCUACUUUACUAACUCAACAAAAUUUUAUUUCUCGUGAUAUCAGUAAUCCAGGAUCUAUAGGUUCUGCUUUAGCAAAUGUAUUAGAAGGGAAUAAUGAAGAUGAAUCAGCUCAUUUAACAUUAGUAUAUCCACCACCAGAUAUUAGAAAUUCACUUUUAGAAGAUGCUGCAUCAUUGAUUAUACAUCAUGUGAAACGUCAAUCCAAUGCAAGCAAAAAUGAUAAACGAUCCAUGAAAUGUUUAGUAAGAACUGUGCUACAAGAUAUCUUUAUGGCGAAUCGUUUUCCAAUGUCAGAUGAUGAAGACGAUGAGGAGGAUGAAGAUGAAGAUAUAGAUCCAAAACCGGAGGAUGAAGAACCAAUCGAUGAGAUAGGCGAAAAUGAUGAUGAUUGUCGUAAUCGACCAGGACGAAAUUUUAAAUUAUCAAAACGUUUUCCUGAGUCCCGUAAACUACUAAUCCCAAGUGAAGAGACAACAUCAUCAGUUGUUAUGGAUCAUUCUGAUGAAUCUGAUAUAACUCGUAAAGAUAAUGUGAAAAUGGAAACAGAACCGCUUAUUGUACAAACUGAUGAUUUAUCAUCGAACCGAUUAAAACCAGAUGAAACGAAUUUUAAUUCACCUGGAUUAUCUACACAAAACAUCUCCAUAUCUUGUCAUAAUAAUAAUAAUAAUUUAGAAAAUUCCGUGAAUGAACUUCGUAAUACGGAACUUGGUUGUAUGUCGAAUUUACCUAAACAGGAGUACUAUUCUGUACUGUAUGGAAAUAAUCACUGGUAUGCAUUUUUAAGGCUUCAUCAUCUCCUUUUGUGCCGAUUGCAUCAUCUACGUACUCGUGGUGCAACAGCUGUUCAAGAAGCUGUUUCAGACAAAGAUGAAUAUCAUGUACAAGCGGCUGAAUUACUUCAUCUUCGUAGAUACGGUGGUACUGAUCCCUCGCAGUAUUAUACUCAUGCUCUCAAUUUGGUUAAAGAUCUAUUGGAUGGUGGAGAAGAUAUAAACACCUAUGAGGAUAGAUUACGUGAUAUGUUUGGCAUACAUGCAUAUCCAUGGUUUACUAUGGAUCGUCUGAUAAUUAAUAUAGUCCGUCAAUUGCAAGCCCUGACCAGUGGGGAUGAAUUAAGUCGUCGAUUGACAGCUUUACAUCGCUCUUGGGUCGGUAAUUCAGCCUAUAAUGAUCGAGGCAUACAGUUGAAUAAUUCUGCUUCAAAUUUUCCUCAGUAUUCGGACGUUUGUGGUCCAUUGUAUACUCGUGUCUGCCGAUUGGCAAAUGAGAGUGCCUAUCAUUCUCAGGCUAUGGCUAUUUGUUCUUCUUUUGCUGGUACAAAUAGCUCUUGCAAUGUUGGUUCAGGUCCUGGAAAUUCAUAUUCAUCCAAUACAGCAGGACAAAGCAACACAAAUACUUUUAAUAAUAAUAAUAAUAAUGCUAAUAACAACAACAAUAAUAUAAAUAAUCCUAAUUCAUGGCCUAAUUGUUAUUUAAUUGUGGUACUCUCAGAGGCGUCUACUAUGCUUAUCCGUCUUAUGAAACCUGCUCAUCCAACGAAGUGUGAAUCGGAGAAAGGUCAUGAUGCAUGCUUCUAUUCUAAUCAUAUAAAUUUUAUUCCUUCAGACACGUCUAAUCCUUCAGAUCGUGAAUUUUUGCACAGAGAAAAAUUGAAAUCAGGUGUUUCUAUUCGUCAUUGGCAUGACUACCUUACAACGCAUCUUUCUUGGACUCUUGGAUAUGUCCCGCACAAUAUAUGUUCACGCAUUUUACCAGUAUUUUUAUAUCGUACUGUCCGUAGAUGUGUGAACGCUUUAACGCGUACUGCACUUCAACGAAGACAACAGUUGGUAAUUCAGACAGGCGAUACACAACCUGAAGAAAUCUUAGCACAAGGAAUAGCCUCUACUGGUGAAAAGUCUACUGAGUCAGUAGGUAGUUCCGAGAACCAGGAACAGCGAUUCAAAUCUCCUAGUUCAUCUAAUUUUGAAAGAGAUGUUUGGGAGUUUAUGAUCCGCGUUUUCAGAAAUGAUCUUACACAUAAAGAACUCUUCCGUAAUACCUUUUCAAGUGACUGCAUGCAUUCCACUGAACGUUUAGAUUCAAGAGUUACACGUAAUCAUAAAAUAAAUUGGUCUGUUGGUUCUUAUGGAAUAUUCGUUCGAUAUCCUAGACGGCGGACUUGUCGAAGUUAUCCCGUAGAAAAAUGGCAUAAAUUUCAUGCUGAUUGGUUAGCAAAGCAUAUUGGCGGCUCUGAUAACAAUGAUGAUGAUAAUGAUGUUGUCCAGCACAAAGAGGAGGAGCAUGAGGAGGCGGCGGCGGAGGAGGAGGAGAAUGAAACAUUGAAUCCAGACGAUGGAGGAAUACAACACUCUGAAGUGCAAAAAUCGAAUGACAACGUUAUCGAGUCAGAGAAAUCACAGAAAAAAGAAUCAUUGACUGUAGAGGUGAAUAAUAAUAAUAAUAAUCUGAUCAGUGGUCUUGCUGAAGUUGGUCAAAGUUCCUCAACUUGUGAAGAAGAAGAGGAUAAUGAUGAAGAAGAGGAAGAGGGGGAAGAGGAAGGGGAAGAAGACGAUGAUGAUGAUGGUGAGAGGGAGGACGAGGAGGAGGAGGAUGAAGACGAUGAUGGUGAUGAUGAUGAUGAUGAAGAAGAAGAAGAAGAAGGACAAAGAAAUCUCAUUGUAGAUGCAACUACAACAACUCCCGUGGAAUCAGAUACUUCAUUUUCUUCUUGAUAAAUUGUCUUCAUGAUAGGCUGUGUAUAUAUAUUAUAUAUGUUUUCUUUUCCUUGUUUAUUUUUUGUCUUUAUUGAAUUUUAUUACGUGAUAUGUAUGCGUGUGUACAUAAAUUAAUAUCAAUGCAUAUAUACUUAUGUAUGAUGACUAUGACACCCCUUACUUUUAUGUUAUAUGUACUUGACGCAAUCUGUGGGGGUGUGUGUAUGUGUGUACUUUAUUUGUUUAUUUGUCACACAAUAAUUCUAUUUUCAUUUAAUGCAGUUAUUAUUAUUAUUGUUAUUAUUAUUUGACACGAUUUUUAUACAUACACAUCACUUGCUAAUUUCAGCUUGAAAGCUAGUUAGUUUUUUCUUUUUUUGUUUUGUUUUGUUUUCUUUUUAUUUAUUUCUUUGGUAUUUUAUUUUGCUUUAUGAUACACUUGAAAGCUACUCACACCACCUGUAUAUGUACACAUUAUUAUUGUUAUUUAUCUGACUGACAGAUGUAUAUGUAUAAACUUACCUACCUACCAGCCUACCUACCUACCAACUGACCGACGGACCACCUACCAAUCAUCCCUCGUUUUCUCUCCCCCUCCCCCUCCUGCAUUAAUAUACUUGUUUGUAUAAGAUUUUAAUAUAUCCUCUAACCCUUUGUUUUAACACAUUAUCCUUAUUAUUAUUAUUAUUCGUUCAAGUAUGUGUUGUAAUAAUAAUAAUAUUAUUAUUGUUAUUAAUAUCCCUACCGUUAUUAUUAUUAUUAUUAUUUCCUAUCUUCAAUAUAUGCAUGUAUGCAUGCAUACUACUUACAAAUGGAUAUAUGACAAAUGUUGCAGCUAAAUAAUGAUAAUGCUGACAUAAUAAUAAUACUGAUGAUAAUCUUUUUCUGUGUAUCUGUAGUGUGCGUUGUUUGGCGGCUAUCCUAUCCUCUCCUCUCCAUCCGUCUAUCACGUCUGAAUCCUUCUGUUUUUACUGUUAUUAUUAUUAUUAUUUUAUUUUAGAGAUUAUUGUGCAUAAUUUAGUUUUUUUUAUCCAUAUUUGCAAAGUAACACUUCAGCCUUCUUUUGUUUGUUUGUUUGUUUUUUUGUUUCUCUUCUUCCUAAUUUUAUAUUAGUUAUCUAACUGUAUUCAUUAUUAAUUAAUUAAUUGUGAAGCAAUCUGUUGUUCAAUGUUUUAUUCUCAUUAGUGUAUGUAUGUAUGUAUGUAUGUACGCAUGCAUGCAUGUCGGUUGGUUGGUUGCUUAUUUAGCCAACUGACGACUGCCUGCCUGCCUGCUUACACCUGCCUACCUACCUACCUUACCUUACCUUACCUUACUUUACCUACUUACAGUGUGUAUAAAGUUUUUUCUUUAAUACCA